AUCCAAAGAAUCUCCUCACCUUCCUUUGCUGCCCGUCUUCUCACCACCUCAACUCAUUUGCCUCCAAUAUCACCUCGAAAAUCUUCUCUGACGGCAGCCCCACUGGUGGCCCUAAAACUCUCAUCCGUCAACGGAUUAUGGCUUGACAAAUCUUUCUCUGUGUACCCUAGCAUCAAAAAGGUGCUUGAAACCGCAUAUAGGGCCACAAUCCAUCUCACCGAUUUUCAGAACAAGCUUGAGGAGGAAGUGACCAAUGAGGUGAACUCGUGGAUCGAGAAGCAGACGAGUGGCCUUAUAAAGGAGGUUCUCCCGGUUGGUGGUUUGGUCCCUGACCUUACCCGGCGUUUGAUCUUCGUGAAUGCUCUAUACUUCAAAGGGGCUUGGAAUGAGAAGUUUGACCUAUCGUGUACGAAGGACGCAGAAUUCCAUCUUCUCAGUGGGAGCUGCAGUCAGGUUCCCUUCAUGACCAGCAAGAAAAAGCAGACAGUGAGCGCCUUCGAUGGGUUCAAAGUCCUCGAGCUUCCAUGCAAGCAAGGCAGCAGUGACAAAAGGAGGUUCUCCAUGUACUUCUUCCUUCCGGAUGAAACGAAGGGACUUCCAUCUUUGGUGAAGAAGGUCUGCUCCGAGCCUGGGUUCUUAGACCACCAUCUCCCACGGCAGAAGGUGGAAGUGCGCAACUUCAGAAUCCCAAGGUUCAAAAUCUCCUUCGGGUUUGAAGCAGUGCAAGUUCUGGAGGAGUUGGGAAUGUUCUUUCCGGAAAGUCUGGGUUUGGCAGUAUCCUGCACGCAGCCCCAUGAGAAUCUCUAUGUAUCAAAAUUGUUCAACAGGUCCUUCAUUGAAGUGAAUGAGGAAGGUAGCGAAGCUGCAGCUGCCUCAACCGUCCUUGUGAAUGUCAAGGGACCGAAGAAGAUAGACUUCGUAGCAGACCAUCCCUUCCUGUUCAUUAUUCGAGAGAACAUGAGUGGGAUGAUUCUAUUCAUCGGUCAGGUCCUCAACCCUUCAACCAUUUGAUCUUGAGCAUUCACUAGUUCCAUGACUAAACAUACAAUUUGGUCCGAGACUCUGAGAUAUACCAAUUGAAAAAUCAGGUUAUGAAAUAUUUUUUUCUUGGACAAAUUGCUGCUGUGAUGUUAGGGUUCUAAUCUUUUGUGGUUCAACAUGAAAGUACAAUAUGACUGGGGUACCGAAAUCAUAAUGUGGUCCUCUUUUGAUAUGACAUCAAUAUUUACAUCUAUAUAUCUACUCAAACGUAAGUGUUUAUCUCCA